AUGGAAGAAGAUCCACAGAAUCUUGCUCACAGAACUAGAGGCAACCUUAUCGUCUUCUCCUCUCCCCUCCCCCUUCCCACACACACAGAAACAGAGGACAUGCUAAUUGAAAGAGGGUUUCUAAAUCUUACAUUCCCGGGCCCCUUUACACCAUAUCUUCUCUCACCCAUGCGGGAGUUGAAUUCUUCCGAGCGGUCUCGUCACCUCAUUCUGAGCUUUGCCCUUGUUGAGGUUGAUCCUGUAUCUUCCGAUCCUGGGAAAUGGGCCAGUUUCACAUGCAAAUGGAAGUGGACUCGUCUACUUGACAGAGAGGAGCGAAAGCGUUUUUCAAGUGGCCAGUUAAGAUCAUCAGGUCUCGGCAAAGUGGGUGUUUCUAAAACUGCUGGAAAGGUUUUGAAAUCAGACCCGCAUCUGGGAGGCAGUGGGAUGGUAGGAGUACCAUCGGAGGAACAUUACAUUCGGUUGAUUCAAGUGCGAAGGCUGGUUGGUACAGGCUGGCAACAGGACACUUGGUUGGCUGAAGUCGGGCUAAAAAAGGGGGUUGCCAGGGCACAGUUAAAUUAUGGUGAUGCAACUGCUACAGUUAAGCCGAAUUCAGAGACAGUUGGAUUUCCAUGUUUGUCCGGUCAGACACCUCCGGCCGACGCACAACCCGAUUUCGCACCGCAACUCUUCCUCACCACGAGACCCGUCCGCAGAAGGUCUGGUGACCGGUUUGUUUGUAAACUGUGGUUGGAAUCCCACCACAUACCCAAGUCCCGAGAAUGUGGGUGUGUGUGUGUGUGUGUAUAUGUGGGCGGCCUUUUGUGCGCCCACCGGAAUCCGCCGGUGCUCUGCCAUCGCCGAGCUCCCCGACGGUCGUGCCCUGUCCCGUGUCUCUUCUUCCCUCAAACCGUGUGUCUACGCGAUCUGAUUUUCCCUCUCAGUUCCUCGAUCCACCCCCCUCUUCGUCGCUGCCGCAGACAGUACCGUCUCGGACUGUCCAUGUGGUCUGUCGUCCGGGUACAAGAGGUCUACACAAAUCAUAUUCCGAUCCAUAGUCGUUUGUGUGUGUCUACCUGUCGGUACCACGUUCGCGUGUGUGCAAACCCCCUUGCCAAUAUGCCGGCUGGGGAUGGGCCGAAAAUUUGGCACACCUGCAAGCCUAUCGUCGAGACACGUGCUGCUGCUGUAUGUUUUGGUGCAAUCACAAGCGCACAAACGCUUGCCAACAGCGAACAGCAAACAACUCUGCCUGUACCGCUGCCACAGUCGGUGGCGUUCGGCCGAAGCCUGAACGGCAGUGACACUGAAGACGAGGUUCGUGGGGUGUGGCGUUAA